AUGAGUUCCUCAAACCCACUGGCACCGUCUUUCGCCAGCCGUCGGAGGGGCAAGAUAGAGAACAUUGAUGACCGCCAGAGGAAUGGGCCGGUUGCCGCUCGUGGGCAUGGAACAACGGGCCCGACUGCAGCCGAAGCGAAGGCUGAACGUGCCAGAGAACCGACCAUCACGUCGAAGACCAUGUCUGCCCUGCAAAUCUGGGCACCUACACUCGUGCUCAUUUUCGGCGGCUGCUGUUCCAACGUGUAUACGCUAGAAUCUCUGAUCCAGACCUCACCUUCCUCAGGAUCCCUGAUCACGGCGUUCCAAUUCCUCCUCGUCGCCCUGGCCUCGGCUCCGCGCCACUUUUCCUUCUCCCGCGGCUGGCGGAACCUCUACCUUCGCGAACGCUCGAUCCCGCUUCGCAAAUGGAUCGCCUACACGGCGUAUUUCCUCAGCAUCAACAUGCUGAACAAUAUGGCGUUCAAGUACCAGAUCAGCAUACCUCUGCAUAUCAUCCUGCGUUCGGCAGGACCAGUGACGACAAUGGCGGUGGGUAGGGUUUGGGGCGGAAAGAGGUAUCCUGUGCAGAAGGUCAUUGCGGUGGUACUUCUGUUUGUCGGCGUGGUUCUGGCAGCGUUCUCGGACGCUUGGUCGAAACAAGCUCAAACUCAGGCUGCGACGCACAUCGAAGUCGAGCACCAUUCGCCAGACUUUGACCCUUCGUCAUCUGCGGGGACGGCUUCAGCGUCGGCGAUAUCAUCUCAAGCCCCAGGAUUCGCUCUACUUGCAUCCGCUCUGCUCUUGUCGGCAUGUAUGGGGCUAUAUGCCGAUGACAUGUACGCGACAUACGGCCGGUCCGGGGCCAUAACGGCGGAGGCUCUGUUCUACAGCCACGCCAUGUCUCUCCCGCUUUUCGCCAGCCAGACCAAACCACUCAUGAAGGAGCUGAUCAACAUCGCGGCGGUAUCGGUGCCUAGCAGCCAGGGACGUGGCAGUUCGUCCCCAUGGUUUGACCGAGACAAUUCCAGCUCGACGUCAACAUGGGCGAAACUGAUCCCGUUCGACCAGUCCGCCACGACCGCCUACUUCCCUGUUUCGAUACAGAUACCCCGGCCCGUCCUUCUCCUCCUCCUUAAUGCCAUGACUCAACUGCUUUGCAUCGUCGGGGUGAACCGGUUGUCGGCACAAUCGUCCUCGUUGACCGUCAGUAUCGUGCUGAACGUCCGCAAGCUAGCCAGCCUGAUACUAAGUAUCUCGCUGUUUGGGAAUACUUUGCCAUUCGGCGUCAUGAUCGGUGCUGCCGUAGUGUUUGUCGGUGGCGGGCUGUACGCUUUGCCUGCCAGGCCUACGGGAGAGAAGGAGGGCAUGAAUGGAAGGCGACCACAGAAGCAGAAGAGGGGUUGA